CUCACCCGAGUCUGAUUCUGAGAAUGGCGGAGCUUGGGGAGGCGGACGAAGCGGAGUUACAGCGCCUGGUAGCCGCUGAACAGCAGAAAGCGCAGUUCACUGCACAGGUGCACCACUUCAUGGAGCUAUGUUGGGAUAAAUGUGUGGAGAAGCCAGGGAAUCGCCUAGACUCUCGAACUGAAAAUUGUCUCUCUAGCUGUGUGGACCGCUUCAUUGACACUACUCUUGCCAUCACCAGUCGGUUUGCCCAGAUUGUACAGAAAGGAGGGCAGUAGGCCACCCCUUAAGAAAAUGACAAAAGCAGUGGACUUGUUAUUAAGCAGAUUGAAGUGCAAGUGGGGGAGGAAUUGUCAACUGAUUGUCAAGUCAGCAUCAGGCUGUUACCAAGUUUGUUGGUGCUAAAAAGUAACAGAUCGAAUGUUCAAAAAGUGAAAUUUUAUUUAUUUGGAAUUCAGAAAUUCCAGGUUGUAUCACACCAGUUAUUCAAUAAACAUGAAUUCUCCAACUU